UCCACUUAUCACUACGUAUCAAAACAAAAUUAGUAUUUAAAUGAAUUAAACUUAAAUUGUUUCAAGAUGAAUUUCGGUGGCACAUUAAGGAUAAAUAAAUUUGCGUGUUUCAUACUAGGUUUCAUAUUAUUUCUAAUAAUAUACUGGCGAUCCGGUGGUGCGACUGUGACUGAUAAAAGUGAUUUAGUAAAUUUAAAACAUUUGUUAAGGGCUGGUAUUUUUGCGGCCGAGCGGGGUGGUAAGAAAGUUGUGAGUCAAAAGAAUGGAGAGUUGAAUGUUCAGAGCAAAGGGAAGACGCAGGAGGGCGCGAACGAUCCUGUAACGGAUGCAGAUUUCGCUUCACACUGUGCGAUGUACUACAGCUUAAAGAAUACGUUUCCUAAGUUGUCGAUAGUGUCUGAGGAGCACACUGGGGUGGCUGGGUGCAGUGAGCAGGAGGUCAUUGACCUGGAGAGUACGCCAGAGGGGCAUGCUGUGAUAGAUUACAUGUUUGACGAACUUGUUUAUAUUAAGGAUGUGACUGUUUGGAUUGAUCCGUUGGACGCUACCCAGGAGUAUACAGAGGGUCUAUACCAGUAUGUGACGACCAUGAUGUGUGUGGCCAUCAAAGGAGUGCCCGUUAUCGGAGUCAUCCAUUAUCCCUUCACUCCUCGCACCUACUGGGGAUGGUACACUAAGAGGACCUCGGACAAUAUACCCACUGUCACCCAUAAGGAAGAAAACAAGAACCAGCCGACAGUGGUGGUGUCUCGCUCGCACCCGGGCAAAGUGACGGAGACGGCGAAAGAUGCGUUUGGCGAGAAGACCACAGUCAUCCCGGCGGCCGGCGCAGGGUACAAAGUCAUGACAGUUGUCAAUGGCACCUACGACAUUUAUCUCCACACAUCAGUCAUCAAAAAAUGGGACCUCUGCGCCGGAGACGCCAUCAUAAAGUCUGUCGACGGCAAAAUGACGACCACUAAAGGUGACGCCAUCGAUUAUUCACCCAACGAGGUGAAAGUCACGGAUGGCGUCCUAGUCACGAGGUACGACCACGAUUAUUAUCUAAACAAGCUUCCGAAGGUUUUGGCGCCUUGAAUGCCAAAUAUAAUUAAUUUUGGAGUCAGUUAUCGAGACUUAAUGAUUCAUUUGAGUAGAAAAAACAGAGACCCCAAUUUUGCCAAACCACUAAUAUUUCCUUAUAAUUUACAAAAGGCGACCUGUCAGAAUGCCUUCUCUACCAGUGAAAUAAAAUUUAUUGCAAUAAAUAAUUAAGAGUAUGUUUGAUUGUGUUGUAAAUGUAUUUUUUAUAUAGGUAAUUGCCAUAAUUGGGUAUCUGGCAAAGGGUUACUUCUUAAUAAAAAUAAGUACUGUGCAUUGUGCAAUAGAAUGUAUAUAGAUCAUAUUAGUAAUUAUGUAAAUUUAACCUUCUUAAUGUAUUUAUAAUUUAUUUUGAACAAUUUUAACCAAAUUCCAAAAGUCGGGUCCAGGCAGAGCGACGCAAAGUGCUUACGCGGCAAACGGCCAAUCUAGACAUGCCUCGACCGAGGCAGGUUGCUCGGCCGAGACAAACGCACCCACUGUCUUGGCCGAAGCACGUCUAUAUAGCCGUUAUAAUGUUUGCCGCGUAAGCACAUUGCCUCGCCAUGCGCCUCGCUCUGUGUGGACCUAAUCUGAUAAAACAAAAGUACAUAUGACUUUAUUCGGUUAUUAAAUUAUUAAUAUAAUAUAUACUUUGUUGUAAAUAAGAUCGAAUUUUAAUUCAGAGAUUCAAAAUUGUAAACACAAGUCUUUGAAACUGUAAUUUUAUGUAAAUCUACCACAAUACACUCAAGAAAAUGCGUCACAAAUAAAAUUACUUCGUCGUUUUGAAUAGCCGGGUCUACGCUGAGCUAGGAACGUCGCGAGGCAAUGUGCUUGCGCAGCAAACGUCCAAAGUGGACAUGCCUCGCACGAGGCAAGAUGCUCGGCCGAGCAAAACGUGCGCACUACAUCGGUCGAGGCACGUUUACAUAGUUCGUUUGCCGCGUGAGGCAAUUGCCUCGCUCUACAUGGACCCGGCUAGUGAGUUUCAGAAAGGUCGAGUUGUCGUAGCAUGUUUAAAUAAAAAAAAUAUUUGCAAUGUAUGCUGUGUAUGUAGAUUUGUAUGAUUAAUUCUGUAAUAUUACUAAUAACUUUUUUUAAAUAUUGGCAGUCCUUUUUGCAAUAAGGUUUACUUUUCAUAUCCAGAUAAUAUUUUGUAAAAGGACACAACUCAAGCUAAGGGCGGUUUCACAUUAGCGUUUUUUUCUGCGCUGUCGUUUCGUGAUCGUCAGAAUGGCGGGUGUACAUCAAGAAAUCCUGGUGCGGUAUACUUCAGGAGUUAGUGCUAGCAAUGUGCCAAAUGUGCGCCAAAAUGCGGGCAAUGUGCUCUUUAAACUCCAGAGAUAUUUAAGAAAUUAAUGAUACCCGCCAUUCUGACGUCAGGUCGGCGGGUGCACUUCCAGUUCUAGCUAAUGGCUACCUACACAAGGGUGAAAGUACUGCCUAAUUCCAUAUUACUCUUGAACGGCUCUUUGAAUUAGUUUGUGCUUCAUACGUGUGGAAGCACAUUGCGAGCACUAACCUUAGGCAGUACUUUCACCCUUGAGGAGGUAGCCAUUAGCUAUAGAACUGGAAGUGCACCCGCCGACCUGACGUCAGAAUGGCGGGUAUCAUUAAUUUCUUAAAUAUCUCUGGAGUUUAAACAGCACAUUGCUUGAAUUUUGGUGCACAUUUGGCACAUUGCUAGCACUAACUCCUGAAGUAUACCGCACCAGGAUUGUUUGAUGUACACCCGCCAUUCUGACGAUCACGUCGUUUCUACAUUACGCUCUUAAUUCAGCUACAUUAGCCGGGUCCACACUGCAGCGAGGCCUGUCGCGAGGCAACGUGCUAAAAGCCUGAAUUAAUAUUUGGAAUGUAACCUAAUAAAUUGUUUUUUAUGGAAGCAUGAUCUGACUUGAAACUGUUGUAUUUUAUGUACUUAUUUGAUAGUCCCUGACGUUUCUAAAUAAAUCUGUCAAUUAAAAUACUAUUUUCUUAAAAUAAAUGCAAUGUGUAGAUUAUAGAACAUUAGAACUUUCUUAUAUGUAUAAGGCUGUGAAAAAAAAAAACUCAAAAAUAUAUACACUCUACUUAACCCUUUUUUCAUGUAAAAAUGUACGUAACAUUGCUGCAAUAGGUAAUUAUAGCAAAUGUGACGCACUCGCGUAACAGGUACAACAUUAACUUACCAUAAGGACGAAAUUUGCUCGUAACUUUAUACAGAGUACCUGUAAGGCGUUGUUAUGCUUGAGCGUCAAUGGUACCUUUUUCUUGAGAACGGUACAAAAUGUCAACGCAAAAUAAGUGCGCGCUUUUUCAAACCGGUGGUCAGGGAUUCGAACUAUGGCCAGUACAUAUUACUUAAUGAUUUUCUUUAACUGAUGUAGGUAUAGGUACAGUCACCAGUAAUAACAUCAUACAAAAAGAAGGCUGCAUAAAUAUCUGACACGACUGACACACUAUUGGCUCUAGAAAUAAGAUGGUGUCGGAUGUUUCUGCUGCCUUCUUUUUAACCCCCGACGUAAAAACGACGGAGUGUUAUAAGUUUGACGUGUCUGUCUGUCUGUGGCAUCGUAGCUCCCGAACGGAUGAACCGAUUUAGUUUUUUUUUGUCUGAAAGCUGAGUUAGUCGGGAGUGUUCAUAGCCAUGUUUCAUGAAAGUCGGUCCACUACGUCGCGGUCGGGGUUUUUUUCACAAUUUUAUAUUUGAGGUUAGGUUAUGUACGACGUUACUGACGGUGACUACUUAGGUACAGCCAGCAUCGAAUAUACCGUGAAUUAUGAUAGCCAAGUACACACAUUACUAUUUUUAUGAGAACCAAGGGUGUAUUACGAUAUCUUUGGCGCUUUCGCUGUCACAGUAUAUUUGAUGCGGACUGUACAAAAUUACAAAUAAUAUUAUAUUUUAUAUUUAUCAAUUGUUCUUCAGCGUCCCAAGAACUUCCAAGGUUAUUUUACUAUACGCGACUGAGCUUAAGUAAUUAACUAAAUUUUUUAUCAGGGUUGUAGCCAAAUUGGUUGUGUUAAUAUUUUAGACAUAUGUACGUACAUUUUAAAAAGUAAAAAUGCACGUAUUAUUGUAACUUCGUACACAUUUUAUUUUGAAACGGGCAUUAGUUCUUGCAAUUAGUACACGUACAUUAGAUAGUGAUACAUAUUUAUAAUUAAACAUACUUUGCAUUGGGUCUUUCUUACGAUUCAGUAAAGAUUGUUAAAUUAUCCUGUAAUCUUUAUAAUGAAUAAAUGAUAACUUUCCAUGAUUUUAUUUAUGUUUUAUCUUUUUCUAUUGUUAUUUUUGUGAACGAAAUCUUUACUUGUAAAUAGUUUAGAGUAAGACUUAAAUUGAAGUAAAUUAUUCUACUUA